UGUAGUAUAGGGAGGUAAUUUCUAGUUCAGUAUGCUUUAUUUAAAACAGUUGAAAUAGUAAAAUCGCGCGAAAUGGACGAGAAGAAGGCUAGUGAGUUGGCAACGGAUAGUGACCUUACUAACGAUUUGACAAUUGAUAUUUAUCGCCCAUCGCUAAAUAAAGAUUCAGAAUAUGAAAACGAAGGAAAGAGGAUCAAAUCGUUUGCUGUUGAUUUGCAUUCAACAGUCAGUGUCCCUGCACAAUUAUCUUUAUUGCAGAGCAACACUGACUUGAACACACCACCACCGAAUUGGUUGCUGAGCCAACCAAAAAAAAUCGUGGGACCAGCAGUGUCUAGAAAUCCUAAAUCAAAUGAUUUUGCCAGCUUUCACAUGGCUUCAUCAUUUUUAGAUUCAAUGGGCGAAGUGGAUGUAGUCAGUGAUGCAGAAAAUAUAAAGAAGCUCCUUAAAAUACCGUACAGCAAGGGAGCUGUGAGUAUGAUGGUGCAUCGUGUUGGAAAUACCCUUUUACUUGAUGAGUUCGAUAUCCACACUCAUCUGCUCAGAGCAGCUGAAAAUGAAUGGGGAUGGCUCAAGAAAUUCUAUUUAGAACACAUGUUUGCUUCCUGUCGUGCAAAACAAAAAGCCUCAGAAAAGAAACCUAGUCGACACAGCCGUGAUUAUUUGCAGCAGCAAAACCUUAUUUCAAAGUUUCUCUGUCAUAGUAUUGCACUUAACGAAUCACAGAACACUGAAACUCAAGUUAACGACAGAAAUCACCAAGUUCAAUCUAUAACUGAUCCCCUUGGAGAUCCUGCACAGGGAGAAAAUAAUGUGCAUGAUAAUACCUUACCUCAGUUUUCAAAAAAUAUCAUAUGGACGUUUGAAGAUUUGAGGAUGUUGAUCGGCACUGACAUGCCUAUUUUUGGCGGUGGUACUCAUCCUUGCCUUUCUCUUCGCUUACGAGACAUGUCAAAACCAAUCAAUGUGCUAACGGGGCUGGACUAUUGGCUGGAUAACUUAAUGUGCAAUGUCCCUGAAGUCGUCAUGUGCUACCACUUGGGUGGAUUGGUGCAAAAAUACGAGCUUAUCAAAACGGACGAUUUGCCGCGCCUGCCGGGAUCGCAGUUCAAGCCGGGCAUCAUCAAAGAUGUUGCGCAAAAUAUUUUGUCUUUCCUCAAGUCCAAAGCCACAAAAGCAGGGCACACUUAUUGGCUGUUUAAAGCGAAAGAUGACGACAUAGUAAAGCUCUAUGAUCUUACUUCUUUAUGCAACGAUUUAAAUGAAGAUAUCAAUCAGAAUCCGUUUACAACACCAGUUGCUAUGUUGCUUUUCAAAGUGGCGCGUAAUUUAAAAAUGUCCAGCGAUUGGAAACGGCAUCAAGGGACCGUGUUAGCUUUGCUCAAGAACUGCCUUUCGUUAUUGGAUGCUACGAAAUAUCCUCAGAUCGCAACAGCUGCCUUAUACUAUUUAUCUGACGUCUAUUUGCCAACGUCGUUGAAAGUUCCUGAGACUGAGGAGAAUCCAGAAGAGGCGGAAGAAGAGUGGGCAGAUGAAUGGGAGGAAUCUCCAACGGGAGAUCAGUUCUCGGCAUCCGUUGACGUGGCAGCGCUGUCCACUCCGCAACAGGUCCGAGCAGAGGAAGAAAAUGUCCGUAGAAACGUGAGACCCACCGUCGGAGACAACUGGGAACAACGCUGCACUUUUGCCCUUCAACACGCAGUCGAAGCUCUUGAAUUCCUUAGUGACCGGGGGAAAUCUGCAAAACCUUCUGAAGAAGAGCCUUCGUUGGCCUCCCCGCUGAAGCCAAUCCCGAUGCCAUAUCAGACGUUAAAGCAAUCUGCUCUAGAUGGCGUCAGCGGUUCGUUGAUUUCGAAAGAGCCACAAAAUGAGUGGAAGCAGCAAUACUGGAAGCUUCUAAUGGAAAAAUGCCGUUUGGCUCACGUAACGCUUGCAGAAGAAACGCGAAAAAAUUGCCUCUCACAACCAGAAAAAAUUCUAUCACAUCUCAGAAUGGCCGCAUUAUUAUGGGUUCAUCUAGAUCCCCCUGGUUUGCCAUUGCCAGGCUUACCUCAGCCUUGUGUACCUCGCAUUUCGACCAGUUCCGUCUCGCUUCAAAGCCAUGCCCUAGGUUUAGCUGGAGACGUGUACUUCUCUAUGGUGCAACACUGGAAUGAAGUAGCAAAUCCGCCCCAGUCGGUGGAACGGAACUCAGUCGACGAAAAACUUCUUCGGUUGCUUACAGAUUUGCAGCUUGAAAACACGUUAGAAGAUUAUUUCCAAUAUCCAACGUCCCUUCAUGAAGCGUUGCAGUUCAGCUUAGAGCAUUAUCGUCUGGCUCUUGCCUCUUUUGGUGCAUUGGAAUCGGGCAGCCCUUCCGACGUCUUCAGUUUCGCCAAACGUUUGGGAAAUGUUUGCAAUGAAAUGGGCGUGUUUUUUAUGAGCAAAGCAUCUGCUGUGAUGGAGGAAGGAGGCACAGAUUGGAAGCGCAAAUUCGUCGAAUUGUAUCAAGUCAGCCAGCAACAUCUCGAAGAAGGAAGGUCUGUCUUCCGCACAGUUAAAGAUAACGUCAAUUUAGCUCUCCUUUCCUGCAAUUUGGCCAAGUUACAUCGCCUUCAAGCACGUGCUCUGGCACCUGCAGAGAAGAAAGAAGCCAGUCUAGCUGAGUGGAGAUGUUAUUCUAAAGCGUUGCAGUGCUAUAAACAGGCGUUGGACGCUUUGGAACGUCGUGAGCUAAAUGCUGGAAUUUGGGAUGCUAUUAUUUGGGAUUACACCACCGUUCUCUUUACGCUGGCAUCCUUGUUACAAGAUUUUGCGCCACUCAGCAUUAAAUCGAGAGAAGAAGUGGAAGCAGAGAUCAUUCAACUGCUAGAGAAUUGUAUCGCUUUAAGCGAGAGUGAAACAGCUGAUUCACGUCUGCCAUUGCUCCAAUAUCGCGCGGCGACUUGCCAUUACCGUUUGGCAUCACUCCAUCACGAUACUUACCGGAAUGGCGAUGGCGAAUCUAUCAUUAAUGGGAGAAAUGUUCGAGUGAUCGCCGAGCAGCACUAUACAAAUGCAAACACAAUCUUUAAUCAACUGGAACAUUGGGAUGAAGUCAUAAGGUUGCAACUUGAGAAAGCUGGCCUUUACGAGUUCCAGUUCAAACGUCUGACGGGUGUUGUCUCCAAGAUACGUAUCCUGCAAUCUAUUCUGAAUUGUUACCUUUCGACAAAGGGAGCUCUGGCAGCACUAGUUGAAUCUAAGAGUGGUGGCGAUCCUCCUAGCCUCGAACCUAAAACAUUAGAAUGUAUGACGCUGAUGUGCUCCAGGAUACAGUCGACGCUACUGCAAUUGACCAAGUUGUCUAAAAGCGCUAAAAAACCUAAUAAUGCGGAUGCUGAGAAUUUCCGAAACAUGUAUUCCAUCUCGCUGAAGUGCAACAUCAAGCAACCUGAUUGGCACAUACAACUAGCUAGAACAGUGGCGGAAUUGAGUGAGUUCCAGCUCUGUGUUGAAAAAUUUUGAUAUGUGAAUACCACAAACGUGGGAGGUGACUGAUCGACACAGCAUAUACUCUUAUGAUACAAUAUUUCUUCAGCUAAAUGUCUGUCCUCAAUGCCCCAACCAGCCGGCGUUUCAUGGUUUUACAAUCUGAAAGGGUGUGUUUCAGCUCCGUAUUUCUAAACAUUAUCAGAGUCUCAACAUAAUUAAACGGAAUAUAAAAAUC